GAGGAAUAUAUUCAUAAAUUAUAUUUUAUGAAGCAUUUUGAAUGCAUAAUUUAUUCCUUUGUCGAUUCGAUGGAUUGGAUAUAUAAUCAGUUCUUUGAAGUUUUGGAAAGGAAUUCGUUGCUCAUUUCUCUGCACCUUUUCGAACACUUCUUUAAACAUUUUUUGACGUUUUCCAACAUCUAUUUGGAAUAUAGCAGGCCAUGAAAUUCCUCAAAGUUUCAGCCGAUAGAAAACCAAAUUCGAGCUUCAGUCAGUGCCUGGUUUUGUUCCGUUUCGGAUCUCCAAAAAUAUUAACGAGAUAUUUUGUAAAAUUAAAAAAUACAAAGCGUAAAAAAAAAUUUGUUGAACUCUCCAACUUUUCCAGUAGUAAUUUUUGUUGGAACGAUACCACAAUGCCACUGGAAGUCAGCGUAGCUCCCAACGAGCGGAAGCGAGAGAGAAAGCGACGCGUGAAGAAGGAGAAGUCGAAGGCUUCGAUCACUCGGCGGGCCUUCCUUCGCUUGGCCGAGGAGGAAGCUUGCUCCAUGUACGCGGGUCCCAGGGAGCCACCUCCUAUGCCGAAGAGGAAGCGGCCUCUUGAGUUACAAGCCAAGCCCCAAAACUCGAUUGAAGAGCAGACCACGGCGCAGCCGAAACGGAGUCGACUUUACCCAUUCGGUGAUAUUCUAGGGUCUGAACUGGAGACAUCGGAAGCACCCAUUGACAGAGGAUUAGUUCCAGCUGUGGAACCAAUCGCUGAACCAGUUUUGGAACCAAUCGAGCAAACAUUCUCCCGAUUACCGGAACAACGCAACGAGGAACUACCACCGGAAACAGUAUCGGAAAUUUUCGACUCAAUUUGGGCAGAGUUCGAGGACCCUGCAUGGGGCUGGGAUGCGAAUCUAGUGCCACCGUCUCCCACGAUGCAUAACCAAGGUGAGACGCCCGAUGCCCAUUUUCAAACACAAUUCGAUGCCAUGCAACCCAACAACAACUACAACAGCGGUCAAAAUCAAUCAUUACACGAUUUACUUGACUCUUUGUGUCCUUCCACACCGAACUUUGACCACGUUCCACCGAUGCAACCGAUCAAUCAGAGCUUCGACAAUAUGUCCUCGCGCCCUUGCAAUCCAGCAAGCGCCCCACCCAUGACACAGGCGUUCAAUCAACCAUGGGAAACUGAAUCGAAUAUGUUCGAGCCAACAGUAGAUCAGAGCUGGAACUAUUCCUCCGAUCUACAGCCCGCAUUCCGCAACACUCCCAGGCAACCUUUGCCUUUAUGCCCCUCCGAUCAUUACUUUCGUGGCUUUCCAGAAGUUCCUUCAGCAGGCUAUCAAAGCUGGGACUACGGAAACCAUCUGCAGCAUGGAGCACGGCCACAUAGCACCAUGGCUCCGGAUGUUGCACGUCACACUCUUGCCAGCUGGAAGUCUGACUUUAAAAUAGAUUUCAAUAACGUAGAACCACCAAUAACCAAUCCUAUGGAUAGCCCAAGAGCUGAAAAUCCAAUCAAUGUGACACAAGUUCGUCACAGCAGGAAUAAUCCACCGGAUCUCCUACCAAUGCCCCGCGUACCGAAAACUUUUGUGAGACCAGCAGACAAUCGUAUGCCAUUGGGACCAUCUAAUCAGCAAGAUACUGGGCCACCAUUCCCUUCAUCUGUACCAAAGCCCACUACACGCGUGAGACCAGCAGAUAAACCAAAUUCCGAUAGAAGCUGUGCAACAGGACAGGCCAUCUCUAUGAAGAAACCCUCUGACAGCUGGAGCUCUUGGCUGGAAAGAGAGCUUGAUCAAUCCUCCACGGUAGCACCGAUUAAACGUGUGGCACCGGUGGCCAAUCCUGUGACUGUUCAAAAACCCCAUCAGAGCUGCAACACCACAGUCUUAAGCAAUCAGAACUCCGACUCUGGCCUCGUAAAGAUACCAAAAAUUCACGUGAGACCAGCAGACAAUGCGAUUCCGAUUCAGACCGGGAACUCUGCCUCCAAAAGCCAGAUUACUAAUGUGUCAGCGCCUACUUUACCCAUGAAACCAGCAGCACAAUCCCAAAAACAACCCAUGGCUAUCCCCAAACCUGUCGAAAGGCAGAUUGAGCGUGGAACAACUCUCCAGGCUCCCAUCAAAGCCCCUGUAACUCGUCUGAAAGCAGCAAAAACCCCGAUUCAGAGCUCCGCCUCUGGCAUCAAAAUUCAUCUUGAAAAUGGCGCACAGAUCCACAUACCCCAGGUACUCCCGGUGGCCCCUGUAAUACCACCGGACAAAUCGAUGAGUAGACCAAAAUCAUACCAGAGCGCGCCUAAAGCACCCGAAAAGCCAAUAGAUAAUGGGAAAACGCCCCAACCGACUGUACCAAAGCCCAUUAUUCGUGUGGGACCAACACAAAAUCGGAUUCCAGUGGCGAAAUGUGUCUCCAAAACUCAGAAGAACAAUGUGGCAGCACCCACGGUACCUCUGAAACCAGGCGGACAGCUAGUAGCUGUGCAAAAACAACCCAUGGCUGUGCAGAAACCCUCUCUCAACCUGAACUCUGGCCAGGUAGCUAUCAAAACCCCCAUUACCCGAGUGCAACCAGCAAAUACUCCGGCUGUUAUGCCAAAGGCUGCGCAGAUCCCGAGCUCUGGCAUCAACAUGCAGCUCGAGAAUGGGGCAACGAUCCACAUACCGACCAUACAGAUACCGUCCACGCCUACCCCUGCAGCCAUACCGGCAGCCAAUCCGCAGCACACACCAAGAGGACAGUCCCUGAGCAAGCCGCCAGCCCUGUGUCCGGCACAGGGGACGUUCAACGGGCAGCAGAGACCGAUGAUAACCGUCAUAAAGGGUGACCAUGGCGAGGACAUACACGUGUCCUUUGUGACGGGACCCGAUGGCUUGGUCACACAGGUGAAGAGGUUGCCACCGAAUGUGGCGGCAGGUUGCUUCACCGGCGGCCUGCCGCAGCUGGAGCCCAUCACAACGAACGAAGUGCAACAGAUCCUGCAGGCCCCCAACUCGUAUACGACCCUGCACGGACCCGUUAGCGGAGCCGUCGGCCUUCGCGGUGCCACGGGCCCCGACCAUGCCGUCGAGGACGAGGAGGUGGACUACGAGGAGAUCGGUGUGGCCGAGACCUUCGCCGAGUACUGGCCCACGAAGCUCAAGCACGGCGUGGCCCAUCCCGAUGCCGUCGUGGAGACGGCCACCCUCUCGUCGGUGGAGCUGCCGGACAUAACCUAUGACCUGUCGCUGCCGCCCCACUUCCAGAUCUCCGGCAGCCUGAGCGCCCUGCAGCUGGAGGCCGUCUUCUAUGCGUGCCAGGCCCAUGAGCGGAUCCUGCCGAGCGGCGAGCGGGCGGGCUUCCUGCUGGGCGAUGGCGCCGGCGUCGGCAAGGGCCGGGCCAUCGCGGGCAUCAUCUACAACAACUAUCUGAAGGGUCGCAAGCGUGCCCUCUGGAUCUCCGUCUCGAAUGACCUCAAGUUCGAUGCGGAACGGGAUCUGCAAGACAUCGGUGCGGGCUCCAGGAUCAAGGUGGCGGCCCUGAACAAGCUCAAGUACUGCCGCAUCGACUCCGAGGAGAACGGCCGGUUCCGGAAGGGCGUCAUCUUCUGCACGUACACGGCUCUGAUCGGAGAGUCGAUGACGGCCAACUCCAAGUACCAGGCGCGUCUCCGGCAGCUGAUCCAGUGGCUGGGCCACAAUUUCCAGGGCGUCAUCGUGUUCGACGAGUGCCACAAGGCCAAGAAUCUGACGACGGGGAAUGGGGGCAAGUCGACGAAGACGGGCGCCACGGUGCUGGAGCUGCAGCAGCGGCUGCCCCUCGCUCGGGUCAUCUACGCCUCGGCUACGGGCGCCAGUGAGCCCAAGAAUAUGGCCUACAUGACCCGGCUGGGGCUGUGGGGUCCCGGCACUGCCUAUCCGGAGCUGGGGGACUUCGUGUACGCCGUGGAGAAGCGGGGCAUUGGAGCCAUGGAGCUGGUGGCCAUGGACAUGAAGCUGCGCGGCACCUACAUCGCCCGCCAGCUGAGCUUCAAGGAUGUGACCUUCCGCAUCCAGGAGGUCAACAUGCAGCCGUCCUUCACGAAGGUCUACAACCAGGCGGCCGAGCUCUGGGCGGAAAUCAGCAAGAAGUUCACGAAGGCCUGCCAGCUGAUGAACGUCGACAGUCGGGUGCAGAAGAUGAUCACGUGCCAGUUCUGGUGCGCCCACCAGCGCUUCUUCCGCAACAUGUGCAUCGCCUCCAAGGUGAACAUGGUCGUCAAGAUGACCCGCCAUGCCAUACGCCACGGCAAGGCGGUGGUCAUUGGCCUCCAGUCGACGGGGGAGACGCGGACACUGGAGCAUCUGGAGCGGAACAACGGCAAGCUGACGUCCUUUGUGUCCACCUCGAAGAUGAUCAUCCAGUCGUUUGUCGAGAAACACUUUCCCGCGCCCAAGCGGGAGGCCUUCAUCGAGCUGGUCGCCACGGGGGAGUUCGUCCCGGAGAUGCGCUCCCAGCCGCCGCGUCCCAAGAAGCCCAAACCCACGCACAUCGACUGGAUGGAGGACGCGGAUGAUGGCUCCGAGGACAGCGACAUGGAGAUCCUCCAGGAGUGCUGGCCCCCGGUCGCAGAGGAGGCCAACGUGAAGGCGGGACGCAAGCGACGGGGCAGGCCCAAGAAGACCGAAAAGGUGGAAAGGUUGAGCAUACAGGAUCGCAUCCUGCAGCAUUUGCACGAGAACAUGAUGUUCCAAAGGAAUGAUGACCCAAAGGAAGUGCCGCAGCAGCCGCAAAUCACCGAGCGUGACGUCACACGCUGCAUCCUGAUGAAGGAACAGCUGCUGGAGAAGAUCGAGGUGCUGGGCCGCCACCUGCCACCCAACACCCUGGACAAGCUCAUCUCGAAGCUGGGCGGCACGAGCAAAGUGGCCGAAAUGACGGGCCGCCGGGGUCGUGUCAUCUGCCAGUCGCGCACUGCCUUCCGCUACGAGUCGCGGGUGGAGGCGGACACCACCAUGGAUCUCGUCAACUACAGGGAGAAGCAGCGCUUCAUGGAGGGCGAGAAGUACGUGGCCAUCAUCUCGGAGGCCGCCUCCAGCGGCAUCUCCCUGCAGAGCGACAAGCGGGUGUUGAAUCAGCGCCGACGCCUGCACAUCACCCUGGAGCUGCCGUGGAGCGCCGACCGAGCCAUCCAGCAGUUCGGACGCACCCAUCGCUCCAACCAGGUCAACUCGCCGGAAUAUGUGUUCGUCAUCACGAAUCUGGCUGGGGAGCGACGCUUCGCCUCCACCGUGGCCAAGCGCUUGGAGAGCCUGGGCGCCCUGACCCAGGGCGAUCGCCGGGCCACCGAUGCCCGGGAUCUCUCACAGUUCAACAUCGACAACGCCAUCGGCCGGAACACGCUGGAGCAUGUGAUGCAGCAGAUGGCGGGUGAGCGGAUGUUGACCGUGAAGCACAUACCGGAAUCCUACGAGGGCAACUUCCACGACGACUGUGCCACGGCCCUGGCAGGCGUGGGGCUACUCUCAAUGCGGAAGGAGAACAACCGGAAGAUCUUCAGCGUGGAGAAGGACUGCAACAACAUCGCAAAGUUCCUCAAUCGGAUUCUCGGCUGUCGCGUGGAGAUACAGAACGCCAUCUUCAAGUUCUUUUUGGGGAACAUGUACUCGCUGAUUACGCAGAUGAAGCGAACGGGCCGCUUCGAUCUGGGGAUACUCGACCUGGACGCCCACGGGGCCAGUGUGACGUCCUUGAAGCUGAUGCGAUUCACGAGGCAACAUGCCACAGGGACGGCGGCCACGGAACUCCAUACGGUGAAGGUGGAGCGGGGCAUGUCCUUCGAGCAGGCGCUAGCCAAGUUCCGCAGGGAGGCCAAGGACCCGCACGAAGGGUUCUACAUCCUCAAGCAGAAGAGACGCAACAAGACCAACGCCGUCCUGUGCCUCAAUGGCCAAGUGGUUAACUGCCUGGUGAACACACGCAAAGAGUCCACCCCGAGUCCCGUGUUUCUGCAGCUGUACCGCCCCAACACCGGACCCCAGGUGAAGACCGAGAAUCUCACCUCGUUUACCCAGCGCUACAUGCAGGUGCCACCGGAGGUGGCACAGAUGUACUGGCAGCACCAGUACGAGACGUGCCUGACGAGGUGCUCGCACAGCUUCUGGAACCGACCCUGCCCCAAUCCGAACAGCUGCGAGCUGGGUCUGCGGGUGCGCACCUACCACGUGCUGUCCGGCCUGAUGCUCCCCAUUUGGGGCCGCAUCGAGAAGAUCAUUGAGCGGAACGGCCGCAAGAUACAGAUCAUACGCGUCAAGACGGAUGUCAACAAGAAGAUUGUGGGCACAGUGGUGCCGCCGUGUGUCUACAAUGAACUGGUCGCGGAUCUGUCAUCGGACUCCACAGUUUCCACUAAUUGAGGACUAGAAGAGAGCCGUAGACCUUUACUUAUGAUUGAGUAACAUUUCGAUAUAGAUAUUUGAAGGUCAAAUAAAACACCAAUCGAGGCUAAGAGACGGCGGUCUCUGAAGUACACAAGCUCCUCCUCCUCUUCUGGCACCCCAUUCUUCCUCCUUUAAGAGCGCAGUAAUCCCUUGUCCUUACUAUUGUCUAUCUGGCCAACUCAAUUGCCAUUCUCCGUGUGAUGCUGCUGCUGGCCACUUUAAAAAUAUCAACUCAAAUUGUGGCAUUCACUGGGAAUAAAUAUAUCGCGGCGGUA